AAUACAGGUGUAUCUGAUAUCAGACGUAUAGUUUCCAAAAUUACCACAUUUCCGCGGUCUACUCUAAGAAAGUCAUUACGUCGGAAUAAUUGAAUGUUUGUUCGCAGAGGUUUUGUGGAGGGGGAAAGAAAUAUGAGACAUAUUGGGCUGCCUUUUUGUGGUUCACUGGUCCAUGACUUGUCUAACGUUUAUUGGGCGUGGCCCUCCCAACGCGCGGCGCUUGCCAAAUAAACAAGCAAAUAAUGGUGUCAGUUUACAAUUCUUGCGGUGGAAACGUCCGGAACAUUCCCGCCAUGUGCGCCGUAGAGUUGAACUUAAAACUAGAUCACCCGUCAUAUGCGGGGAAAGAUUUCCUUCGUAGACAACAGUGUAAACAUUAGCUUGUUUGUCGGGCAACAAGUGUAAUUAAUCUUUCAAAAAAAUUACUAGGAAAAUUCUUAGGCUUCUGACUCAACGAGGUUUCCACGGCUGAGGACGUCAUCGCUAGCGAUCACCAAGUUGUGCAUGUGGUGGAUGGACUGUUUACUGCGUGCAGUGAGUGCAUGACGCUAGGCGCUUGCGCAGCGUGAAGCACUAGCAAGUCAGCUGUCACACAGUGAAGUUCUGCACACUUUGCUCGGAAACACGGCUCUCAAAAUGGCACCAUUAAGCUUCAGAUUUUGCGGAGUAACCUCAGCCUCCAUGCGCCUUGGACCAGCAUUGUGUCUUCUGGUGCUUCUUAACAUUGUGGGAUCUUCACAUGUAGCUGGACAAACUCCAACGGGCACAACGACUGGUAGCGAUGGUAGUAUGACACCUGCAGGGGCAGAAACAAGUGUAGCAACGUCGGUGCCAACUACAGCAGCCUCUGUGGAUAGCGAUGGGCAGGCCACAAUGGGAUCCACAACCCUUGCAAGCCUGCAGGAAUCCACCGCCUCACUGGCUGAUGCGGGGAGUACCUUCUCAACAGCUCAGCUGGCUACCAGUGACUCAGUUGCGAGUACUGCUGCUGGGAGUGCAGGGGGAUCCACACAACCCAUGAGUGCUUGGAAUGGUACAACACCAGAGACAGAAGGGCCCCAGGAGACGAUGCAGCCUGACAUGUCAACGUCAGUCAGUGAUGCCGGUGUCACUAAUGCUGGGGACUCACAAGUACCGUUAGCUACAGAGUCUGUAACCACUGCAGCGGCAUCAGUUACAGUGGCAGCAAAUGAAGGACCACGUGAUGACAUACAUGAAGUUGGUGGGCCUGGGAUUAUCACUGUGGCAGCAUUUACCACAGCAGCGGCAAAUGAACUGACACCAGAUGGAGGAAACACAGCCCCAGGUUCUGUGCCUGAGAGCACCUCUGCGGCAAUAUUUACCACAGCAGCAGCAAAUGAACUGACACCAGAUGAAGGAAACACAGCCCCAGGUUCUGUGCCUGAGAGCACCUCUGUGGCAAUAUUUACCACAGCAGCAGCAAAUGAUCUGACACCAGAUGGAGGAGACACAACCCCACGUUCUGUGCCUGAGAGCACCUCUGCUGCAAUAUUAACCACGGCAGCAGCAAAUGAACUGACACCAGAUGGAGGAAACACAGCCCCAGGUUCUGUGCCUGAGAGCACCUCUGCUGCAAUAUUUACCACAGCAGCGGCAAAUGAACUGACACCAGAUGGAGGAAACACAGCCCCAAGUUCUGUGCCUGAGAGCACCUCUGUGGCAAUAUUAACCACAGCAGCAGCAAAUGAACUGACACCAGAUGGAGGAAACACAACCCCACGUUCUGAGCCUGAGAGCACCUCUGUGGCAAUAUUUACCACACAAGCAGCAACUGAACUAACAUCAAAUGGAGGAGACGUAAACCAAAGUACUAUACCUGAGAGGCAAGACACUGACACAGUUGCCACUGCAGUGCAAGUAUCUGUAGAUAUGAGCACUUCAAGCACAGCACCACCCACAUCCUCGGAAGUGACACCAGGUGCCCCUGAAACUCCCAUGGUUUCUGGAACGGAUUUCUCUAGCAUGGCUCAGGCAACAGGAUCUUCAGAUGGUCCUGGUACAGUUGCUGUGACACCCGCUUCUCAUUCAACACAAUCACAAGAAAACACAGCAUCACCAGCUGCCUCUACGGAGCCUGCAAGCGCCGGCAGCACACAGUUGGUAACAAUCGAAGCACAAACAACAGCAGCAUCUCCGACAACUGAGGUUGCAGCAUCCAUGCCAGUUGCCACAUCUGCACCUGUUGUCGAUGGCACCAUUGGGUAUUCUGUGGGAUCCACACCUCCUUCUGCAACAGCACCAGCAGCAGCCCAAACAGGUGAAAGCACAACAAGUGGCAGCAGCCCGGAGACGACAUUUACUGUGUCUGAAACUCCAUCAACUGUGCAAACUGUGGAUAGACAUACGACAGGUUGGCCUGUAAGUACAGCCGUAGCAACCAGUGCUGAAACCGGCCUGCUUAGUACCCAAGGACCAUUAUUUGUUUCCACAGCAGAUACCAGUGCCGCUGUGACACUUCCGUCAGUUGAUUCGACAACAGCAGCCAUGUCCCCGAGUCCCAUCCAAGUUGAAAGUACUUCAGAAGUUUUAACAAGCGUCCAAAGACCUGUAGUAAAACCUUAUCAGAACACAACAACAACAGCCUUUUUAACUGAUGAUGGCACAUCCCCCUUUGCAGCAUCUACAGUUGUCCCAACUGAAGCACUUUCAGCAGUAACAAGUCAACUACCUGCAGAAACAACCCCACCAUCUGCAAAAACAACCCUACCACCCGCAGAAACAACCCUACCACCCGCAGAAACAACCCUACCACCCGCAGAAACAACCCUACCACCUGCAGAAACAACCCUACCACCUGCAGAAACAACCCUACCACAAACAGGAACAACUCAACUGCCUGCAGAAACAACCCUUCCACCUGUAGAAACAACUCAACUGUCUGCAGAAACAACUCAACUGCCUGAAGAAACAACUCAACUGUCUGCAGAAACAACUCAACUGCCUGCAGAAACAACUCAAACAACUGUAGCAACAACCCAGCCAUCUGUGGUCACAACUCAAACACCUGCAGCAGUGACAACACAAGCACUUGCAGAAACCACUAAAUUAGCAGAAACAACAUUGCAACCAACUCCUGCAGCAGCAACACCUCAGCCACCUGCAGACUUAACGACAGAGACACAGAGGCUAACAACAGGUGUGCCUGUUGUGGCGACCUUCAUGCCAUCAAAGCCGCAGUUUAAACCUUUAUCAACUUUGACUGAGGAGGAAAAAAAAGGAACAUUUACUGUGGAGUCAAGAGGCAUCAUGAGAGAUAACUGGCUCGCCCAAAAAGAUGUGAUCUUCCGCAACACUGUUGCCCCGAUGUUGCGGAACAAAAGUCGGAAACGGCAAGCCCCCUCGACCGUCCAAGCAGAAGACAUCGUCUACGUGAGCCCAUCCCCAGUCGUCAAAGAUGGGGUUCUGCACAUCACGUUCUUUGCGAGGAGCAGAGGGGGGGAUUCAGGAGAAAGCGUGAUAGAUGGUAAUCAAGUCGUGGGAAUAUUAAACACGGAAUCUAACAUGAAUGAGAUGAAGACAGCGUUGAAAGUAAAUGACAUCAAGGUCUACCCAGGUAUAUCCUCAGCCAUACUGCUGCAGGACACGCAGACCGGUGUGAGCAUUUUUGGCAGCCGGGCUCUCUUCAUUGGGCUGAUCGCCAUCGGCUGCCUCAGCCUGGUCAUCAUCGUAGCAGGCUUCAUCUACCUGGUGUGCGACCGCAAGCGGGGUCGCAGUGGCGAGUACAUCACCCACCAUGUCAACCCGGACCUUGAGGUGGGGCUUGACAACCCAGCGCUGAUGACGGAGGCUGGGGACAAGACGGCGGCGAUUAACGGCAACGGCGCCCACCUGUUGAGCUUCAAGACGGACCCAGAGGAUGGGGACAUCGUGCCCUACAACAGCUUCAGCCCCGAGGACCUGGCUAACUGCGAGGUAGAGGACACGCACCUCUAGGCCCGACCCGGGCGCCUUGAAAUCUCCAGGUUUGCCCUUCAAUCUGUAAAAUUUAAAGCCACUGUAUGGACAGUUAACUCUGUUCUGUGUAAACCAGUUUGUUUUGCAAGUUUUGGCCUUUGACUGGCCACCAGCUUCCCGGGAUGGGCAAGCGUUGGCUUGGAAUUUCACUCUCAGGUCCUACUCUCUGCAUUUCUCCUUCAGCACAUGGACUGUUGGAAUGGAAUAAAGUCAUUUUUUACUUUGCAUUCUCUAAACCUAUCCCAGAAAGGGAAAGUAGUUUUUAUACUUGCCAGACUUCUGUAGAUCAGCUCCUGCUUGUUCUUGCUGUUUUCUUUAACGUACUUGUCACAGUUUUCCUUCCUGGUACACACAUUUACCAAAAGUACUUGUUAAGUUGUAACUCACAAUUUUCAUUUGUGAAACUUUUUAUUGAACAAGUUUUGAAUUAACAAAGUACUUUCUCCUGCUGGUGGGUAGCUUUUAUGGCCCAAACUGGAUGACGACAUUUAAAUUGUGACACAAAAGGGUGUGGUCAGUGUUAAUGGAGGGGCGUCUAAUGGUGAGAUUCCGGGAGUGCAGCCGUGACCCUCCAAUGAUUAGGAAAUUUGUACAACCUCCAGACUUGCCCCUCUUUCUUUGUAUGUUUUUUCACACAGUUUGUUUCUCAUUAGUGUAGGGGCGCUGACUCUCCAGGGCCUGAAGCUCUUGUAGGCAUGUACAGCAUCCUGCAAGCUCUUCCCCCUUUGUCUCAGCCGACCUGCCACUGUCCAUAGUAGGAGCAUAGAAUUUGCCGCCGUGUGGGCCUGUCUCCCAGCUGCAGGUCCGUGACCGAUUGAAAUGGCUGAAAUUGUUUUGGGGUUUGUGAAAAAGACUGUCAUUGUAGCUGCACGAUGCUUCCCCGUUUCAGAAUUCUGUCCAUGUACUAUAAUACUAAAGUAUAAAUGACCAAAGAAAACCAAAGGCAUUCCCUAAGUUUUGUCCUUUUUUGGUGAUCAUGAAACUGUAAAUUGGGAUUGUGUGCAUUUCUCAUCUCCUACUCUUGUUCCAAAAGAACAACAAAUUACAUGCAGUCCCUAGAAAAGCCAUUCCAUUGGACUUUGAUAGAAUGCUCUCUCAAAUUUUAGGAUUUUCUUGUUCUUGACUAAAAAUGUAGCGAGUGUUUUUUUUUUUUUUUGGAAGUUCAGUUUCACAGAAGUCUUGCCGCUCUUCUGCCAUUGUUUGCCGUUUUGCAAUUUUCCGUUUUACCAUUAUAAUUGUACAGUGCGUUUGAUUCAGAGUUAUUGAGCUACAGGUGCAAAUACAUGACCUGUAUUAAAAUGGUUGGAAUUUCUGCUAAUUCAGCGUGUAUUUCUGCUUUUAGGAAUUUAGGCUAACUUAACCAAAUGCACUGGUUUCAUUCAGUUUUUUUGUACCGUGGAUAUUUACAAUAUGCACAUAGUACUUUAAUGCGUGUUCAGUACAGUAUGCACCAUUCCAUAUUUAAUGUGCACAGAUCUGUCAUUUAUUUACCCAGAGAAGUGCACUUUCUGAAUUCUUGUUUUGAACGAAUAGUUAAACAGUACUGUAGAAAUUUGCCAGUUUUGCCGUAAUGUACAUGAACACAUAGAAUCGAUGAUUUUUUGUUUCUAACAUGUCAAUUUGUAUGUUUCUCUGAGGAUGCGAUGUGCUUAUUAAAAUAUACACGUACAUGUACAUGUCACCUUUCAAGUGACCGGAUCAACCAAAAAUGACCGGACAGACUUGUCAUGCCACUGCAUUCAUUUUAGUAUGCAGAUCCAUCAGUGUCUGUAAAAAUGCAGAUAAGAUUGGGAAAGGACGAACAUUGCAAACGAUUCCUUGCGCCGCUUUGUGUUUAGCCCUCAAGCCAUUUGCUGCCAGUGGGUUAGUUGAACCUGUUGUCAGCCUAUUUAACCCAAUCUGCUGUUUGUUUCUUAAGUUGGGGGUUUUGCUAGCAGCUUGCUGCCUUGGAAAGCUGUAGCCUACGGAUAGGCUAAGAGAGCAUUCUCUCCAUUAUUACCCUAUAUGAACAGUGAGACUAAGGCAGAUGUUAGAGAGGUUUGUGGGAGAUGUGUGACAUCAGUGUUGUUCAUGCGGUACGCAUCUCGCGACAUUGAGCAAGUUCCAUCUAUUCCGUCCAGUCAUCGGUUGGAGCAGAAAACCAUCGGCUCAAAAAUGAAUGUGUUUGUAUUUCCUUGAUUUAGAAAGAAUUGAACCAGUGGGAGGUACGUUUGAUUUUACUCACAUACGGUAGCUCAGCCAGUACAUUCCAAGAAAUUGUUGGCUAGAGGUAGUUUGGUUUAUUUUGCACUGUUCCUGCAUUGCAUUUGAGGUGUAUUUAUUAUUGGGUCAUAUAUUAGCCUACUUAGAAAAGGUCAAGGUACCAGUAUGUGUGUGUGUGUUUUUGGUCAUCUUUCCUAAGGGAGCAAUGCAUGUUAUUUGCUUGGACCAGUUAGAGGGCUUCUGUUUAUUAAUCAACAGGUUCUUUGUCUUUUUUUGAAGCAGAACAUUUGAAAGCAUUCUGCUGUUUCUUUUGUUAGGAGGCAAAUGAUCCGUAGUAGCCUUUUGUACCGUAAUCUUGCCCCAAAUGCAAAAGUUCCACAGCACCAAAGAGUUCAUUUAAGCAGUUGUCAUAAAUAAUUGGGAGGUCCCUGUCCCCCGAUAGAGGUGUCCUACAUGGAAGUUAAACUCCCUGGCAUGUUUUUCUUUUCUUGGUGGUCAGACCCCUAUUCCACACUCAGGGCUCUGGUCAGCAAUGAAAAGUACAAACCAGGAAUACCAGUCUUCAGGCAAAACCCUGAUUUCAGGCUUUCGUUUAAAUAUGUUGGGAUAAUUUCAAGCCUUGAACAAGGCACAUGUACAUGUAUACGGAGGCUUCUCUGGUCUUCUUUUUCCAAGGCUCUGGAGAAGAACCUGACUGGCACGCCAGUACCUAUUGGUAUGUCAAGCCUGGCACUGAACAAAGUGUGCAAAAUGUCAAGUUGUUCUUUUUUCAUGUACAGUGUACGCACACGUUUGUCACACAAAAAGAGAAUAUCAAAAUGGUGCUUAACAAAAAAACACCCAGGGCCAAAACCGUGCUGAGACUGUGUGUGACAAGACUACCGGUAUGUUUUUUGUCACUUUUCAAUAUCUGUCCUCCUCGCCUUCUGCACUCAGACAAAGUCAGACAGAUUACAGGCAUCCCGAUGUACUCCCUUACUAAAGAUUGGUUUUUGGAAUGGCAUUUUAUCUGUCUGGGAAGAUAUCUGUUGUGACACCGCAGAGUUUUUAGCGGCUGUUUUUUCCCCUCUGUGCUUAUUAAAAUUUAUUUCAGCUUUUUUUCCUUAAUGUGUCUGUUGUGAGUCUAGAUAAAUCAGAGAUAUUUCACCGUGACAACUAUUUCAUGAUAAGAGCACUAUGCGUACAUGCAAAUAGUCAACUGGAAGAUAGUUACAUUGUAAAUGGAGUGAGGAGAUAAAGCUAUGUCUGGAAAGUUUUUUUUAUGAACAGUGGCAUUUCUUGCCCUUCCAUUUGACACUGCUCCUGUUAUUUCAUCUUCUCACCUUGAUGAAGGGUGUAAAUGUUUCACUUCCACUGACCCGAAUAUCAUGGGCAGAGGUCAGUCAAGGGUGAAGCCAUUCCCUCCCCAGAUCGUUCCCUUUGGGGUUUGAAAAAAUAUGGGCAUUUUAGUGGCACUUUCAGUGGUCAUUCCUGCGGCUUUCUGGCAAACGGAGAUGGAACUAGGCAGGGUGCUAGCCAUGCUGGUAAAAGAUGUUGAAAAACUAAUAAAGUGAGUUGUUCGUGUUUUUUUUAUUUCAAAUUUGUUGGGUUUUUUUUGGUAAUCUCUGUUCUAUGAUAUCGUCUUUUAACUCAAGUUUUGAACUGCAGAAAUAGAAAAAUCAUAGACUGAGAUUGAAACUGAACAAAUUGGCACCUGUCACAUUUUUAGCAUCAGACUCAAAUAGAUAAGAACUGUUUUUACGCAUUGUUUUCUCAUGUUUUAAGUUGUUGAUACCUGUUAAAGAAGUCAUAAAUUGUCAAGGCUGUGCCCUACUGAACUGCAUCAAACAGUGUGGUAAAAAUCCCUUUUCUAAUACCGCACCCCCCCUUUGACCUCUGCCCAGUUCUGUUUUUUUUUUACACUUUGCUCACCUGUCUUCGCAUGCAAGCAUAUAGGGUCAAACACUGCAAUUAAAAGUUGUGCUACAAACAGCUUUGAUCUGAAUUGUGUGACAGGUAGGAGGGUUAAUUUUUCCUAGAGAACAAAAUGGAAUGGUCCGAUUUUAAUAAUUUAUUGUUGGGUUCCAAAUGGGAGACGUUUAGACGCUUAAUGGCGGCAAGUGUACCAGUCCUGUUUACGAGUUCUGAGGGUGUUGAGUGGAGCAUGUGUGCCAAGUUCUGAGCAUGCACUAUACUGUGAAAGGACCGGUGUGCCUGCUGCCACUGGCAUCUCGAAGUCUUCCAUCAGAAUAGGUGUUAAGUUGUAUCAGAAAUCACUCACAAAAUAACCUUGGAUACUUUCUAGUUGAUCUUGUAGUACAUGAAACAUAACUUGUUUAAUGCGAGAUUCGAACCUUGGACCUGUGGUUUGUCCAUUCGGGUAUCCUUGAGGUCAUUCAUGUAAAGUUGCAUUCAGAAGUUAAAAUACAUAGAUGUACAUGUAGUUGGAGUAAAUGUUAAAUUCCAAUGUUUAAGACUGCAGUCAUUUCUUGGUAAACCAUUCUUUUUCUGUAGCUGAUCUGUCAGCACAUAUAUUUGCUCAUAUGAACCCAUAACACGUUGUUUGUAAGUAUGGGUAUCGUGGAUGUUUGGGAUUGAUCUGCUGUCUGUCCCGAGUUGAAGUGCACCCUCACUGGCAAGAAAAAGACAGACUGGUACGAAGUUUUCCAACCGGGUUCUUGCGUGCCCUGUGUCAAAUGUGCACCAACUUGCAUGCUGAAGCUGUGAGUUCCCACCAAUGGACGGUUAAUUUCAUUUAAAACACGCCCUCUUUUGAUCCCACUCCGAGCGGAUAGAAGAGAAAUAGUUGCCAGGAAUAGAUUAAAAAGUCUUACAACUUGAAAUCGCACACUUAUACACUCCAAGGCUGAGUUCAGGCGGCUUGUUCUGGUAUGUUCACAAGGAGCUCGAUUUAUUGUUCAUGGGUCGGCCCCUCAAAUGGCACUAAUGCACAGCCGGUUGUCGCUGGUAUAGUUAGUGGCAAGCAACAUGCAUUAUUAUCAUGGCGAUGUCCAUUUACAUUCUUCGAGAGUUAAUGUUUAGAUAUUGGGCUGAAUUCUUUUCUAUUUAAAAAUAAAGAUUCAGUUCUGACUUAUCGAAACUUAUUAAUAGUAAUUUUGCAAAACUUCCCAUUGUCUCUGGCAUUGUAAGCCAUCUUGCUGUUUUUUGCAGCUGGUCAAAAAUCAAAAUCCUACGAGUUUUUCCGUGUGUUCCUGUGAAACCCUGAUGAGGAGGUGGUGUGUGAUCUUGUUCCGAGAACAGUGUUCUUGAGUCAUGUUCCUGCCAUUCAAGUGCGAGAACAAGAAACCCGCAGGACGCCUGAACUCGACCCAGGUGUAUAUGUAAACUUUUGACCAUAAGUGUACAGAUACUAAAGAUUUGUGAACAGGGAGGGGUUCAAAUCAGAUGUAAACCUUCAUGGGAAGUGACAUCAUGAAUACCCACCCAGACUCAGUUUGGCAGUUUGAAAAUUAAGUAAAGCCCCAAGGCUGCUUUAAGUGGAAAGGCCAACACAAAAUUGACAUGUUUCCAAGGGAACAAGGGAAGGGAAGCAUGUCACAGGUGUUCAUCUUCAUACACACAGAACCCGCUCUUCACUCCCUGCAGGGAUCCUUGGUGACCCUCCCAACUAUGUUUUGGAGGAUGGAGGUUUGUGCCUUCCAAAACACCCAAAUUGUGACAGGCACAAGGGGCCACGUCAAAGGUUCACCCGCCCUGGAGGUAAAAAUGUACCUGUUGGUUAUUCAGGGUAGGGAUUCUGUGCUGGUCAUUUCUGGAAAUUAUUUUUAGGAAAGUCUUACUUUUUUGGAGAAAGGGGUAUUUAGCCCGAGGCACUAACAGCUGAUGUUUUGGGCUACCAGUCAAGUGCGCCUGGUGGUGCAGGUUAAAAUUUGAUUGGAUGUAAUUAGAUGGACGUGUACAUGCACACAGUUGUGGCCUUAAUGCACAGUAAAUGUCAUGGAAUGUUCUGUUAUGUUCGGUGUCACUCUCUCAGGGCUGCUUUGGUGUCCCCGUUACACCUGACCUGUGGAACUUGACCUAAAGAAUGUCAUUGAAAUUGACUUUAAACCACACUUAUUUGUUUGGCAGGUACUUUGUGUUACUUAAUCACACUUAGAAAUUAAAGACUGGGUUUGUGCACAAUCAUUCGUUAAAUGUGACAGGGACAUGAAAAAAUAUUAGGCCCCAAAAUUAUACACUUACAACUACCCCAUUGGAAAUCAGAGCUGAACAGGGUUAACUUGCUGGUCUGGCAAAUCUUGGGUCCGUGAAAUUCAUUGCUUGAUUGGUAUGUUAUUGGUACAUGUACAUGGAAGUUGAAAGUACAGUUUGGACUUAAUUUUUAAGUGAUACUUCUUUGUCUUUUUUUCACUGAAAGUUUUAAGUACUGUAGUUCUUUCUGAAUUCAGAAGAAUCGAAAGCAUCAUAGGAAUAUUCAGGUAUGUGUAUGUACGUGCCGGAAUUUGCCAGAACUGAGGCUGAAAAAAUUCUUACUUUGAAAUCCCACCGUAUUGUUGUAGUGUUAAUACUUUGAAGUUUGAAAUCAGUGUUCACCUUAAGUAGUUUGCCGAAUUCUUGCUUCCAUGAAAGUGGUGAGUUUACAGAAAAGAGAGCUGCUUUUGUAAGGGAAAAAUGGCCUUAAAAACGGAAAUAAUAGACAAACACAGGGAUAUCUGGUGUUUGAUGCCUUGAUAAGGAAGAUCUUUGUGUCUUUGACCUUUUUAACAAAUGAUCAUCUGAACAAAUUACUGGAAUUUCAAAAGCCAAGUGUUGGUUUCUGUAAAACGUUAAUGUUGACUUAGAACUUUUAAAGCUCAAAUUGUGUUUUUAAAAAUUGUAUUGUUCAUAAGGGUUUCAUGUGUUAUACGCUUGGUAUCAGCUUUUGUUGUUUUGCCUGUUCUCACAGCAUCGUUUUGAUUAACUCGGCCCACGUUGCACUAAGCUGUCUGCUCAGUGUUAUAUUGUCUAAACUAGCUUUCUUAUUAAUUGUAUAGAAAAUCUGCAGAGCAAACCAAAGGCUGUAUUACUGGGAACAGGAGUUGUACGGAUUAGAAUGAAUGAUCACGGUGAUAUGAUGGUGGGCGCAAGUGAAAAAAAUUGAAAAACUUACAUUUGGUCGAAUCAUUAAUUUAAAAACAUUUGAUGUUAAGUCAGUUGUUAGCAUGUACAUUAUUUUUGUUUUGUUUGAAUCACUUGAAUGACAAAAUUCUGUAAACAGUAUUGACCGAUAUGAAGAUAAUAAAUGAGGUAAUGUGUUCAAAGUUUGAGGA